CCACCUCGGAAAGGGGCGUGUCUAUGCGCCGGAGCCGGUCCGAAAUAACGCUGCGUCUUCACUUCCCCGGCGCCUCAUGCCUGAACGUGAGAUCACAGUUGCAAGAUGGCGACGCGGUGGGGAGCGGGGUUGGAAAGUCUGAUCGCCGGCAGUAUGGAAUGUUUCUCCUUGGAUGAGGACACUCUGAGCAGGCAGGAUGCUGGUGAGCUCAGCCUGAAUGACCCACUGGGUGCUGGGCAGGCCCUAGAGUCCCUCCCCGCCUACCUGGAUUCCUCCAUCCUAUCCAUCUUCGAGGACUCGUGCACUCCAGUGGAGAUCAAUGGCUGCAUCGAUGAAGAAGGAGAAGCCGCGUUGCUGACUGCACUCACGGAAGUACUGGACAGUGUGGACAGCGAGAACCUGUCACCGUUCGACACUCUGCCCGAUCCGGAGCUCUUCUCCGGACAGAAGGGCAGGGACCCAUCGGCGGAAGUCGAUGUCUGUGCUGAGCGGCACUGGAGGACCCUUAGCGAGAGGAGCGACUGCGAGGAGGAAGAUGGCGACACAGGAAGUUUAGUGCAAGGCCUCGAGGGUGACGUGGGACUCCCCUCACUGGGUGACCUGGUGAAGCACGUCUACCCGUACUGCCUGGCCGUCUCCCUGGAGCUGGGGGAGGAUAAUGGGUACCCCCUGCCCGAGGGCGGCAUCGUGCUGGAGGUGGUGGACCGUGGAGAGCAGGGGGAGCCCAUUCUAGCGGUCACGGGUCCUAUCGGGCCGGCAGGGGCCUCAAAGGAGGAGCCUGUCUCUGAGGGGAAGUCUUCACAGCCUGGGAGUCCCGAUUUUGCCCCCGCCACCGAAGCCGGGGGCAGCGAGGUGUCCGAGGAGCGCCCCAAAGAGCCCACCUCAGAAAAAUGUCCCUCGCGCCGGAAGAAGAAACGGAAAAGCAAAAAAGGUGCGGAAAAGAGUGUUGUGAGGAGUGGGCAGGCGGAGACGACGGCAGACGUGUCGGGACCCGUGCCGGAGGGAGUCCCGCAAGACAAGAGUCCAGAGACAGCGGCUAAGAAGAAGAGGGUGACCUUUGCCCCCAUACUGACGUCUGUCCUGGACAUGCCAGCUGAGGGCCGGGAUGAUUUUGUCGGGUCAGAUCCUGACCCGGAGCCUCCGACCGGCGCUGUGGAGCAGCCGGCAUCACCCGUGCUUCAGCCCCCCCAAGAGGAGGCCAGGCCGAAGCUCCUCAGCCUGCAGGAGUACCGGCUGCUGAGGCAGCAGAGGAAGCCAGGCCCGGUGGGGAAGCCAGGCGGCAGCACCAAGUGGCCCACUCUCCCCGAGCCCCCCAGGGAGCUGCCCCCCAUUCCCUGCCUCCCAGAGCAGCCGCGGGCCCACCCCGCCCAAAAGGAGCCCCAGGAGGCGGUGCCGGCCUGGCACCCGGUUGGCUCCAGCAUACCCCCCACCCCCGAGGCUCUGCUGGUCCCCCCCAGCUCAGUGGUGGGUCCCAGCAAGCCCCCGGAAGGCAGGCCGGUGGAGCCCCCGCAGGCCAUGAGCCGACCCCCAGGCCCAGCACCUCCUGUUGCGCCUCCCAGUGCGGCUGCCAGGCCAGUGCCCCCCCCGGCACCCUGCUUGCCUCCCGCCGGGUCCCACCCAACCCGAACCACUAUAGAUCCCCGCCGGCCGCAGCACCUCGACGUCCCGGUCUCAAGGAAGCCACCGUCACAGAUUAACCCGGCCACAGCACCCACCUCCCAGGUGGACGGCCAGCCCCCUUCAGUCGCGGGAGACCAACUGGCCAUGGUCGCCAGCCUCCCUGCCCGCGGGAGGCCUCAGCGGCUGCCCCAGACCAAGCUGCUUGUGCUCCCCGCCAAACAGAACCCAGAGGAGAAGCAGGUGCAGGCCAGCACCAGUGAAAUAGGAAUUGAAGCCACUGACCUAACCAGCCUUCUGGAGCAGUUUGAGGAGACUCAAGCCAAAGAGGAGCACACUGUGCCAGAGGUCUCUGGUAGAGCAGCCGUUGUAGGAAACUCCGGGAAACCAGUGGAGCGCUCGGUCCUUCCUGACCUGGCCAGUACCGCCGGUCUCACGCCCCCGGCCACCCCCCCUCACCAGACCUGGAAGCCCCUGACCCCAGUGGCCCUCUUGGCGAAGCCCAAACCAUCCCCCACCAAGGCCAUCCAGAUCAUCAACCCUCGGCCACUGCCCCCCAGCAAGCCCCGCAGCAAGCCCCCUGCCCAAGCCAUUGCCCCCACACACCACCCAGCUUUCGCCGAUCAUGAUUACUGCCGGCCCUCCGAGGGGCCUGCACCUACAGAGCCGGCCUCAGCCAUCUGCAUCCAGCAGCAGCCUGGUGUGGCCGUCCUGCCAGUAAGGGGCACUGUCUCUGCCCCGACCCCCCAGUGUGCCUUCCCCAUGGGGGUGUCUGCCAAGCCCCUGGACCACAGGACUCAACCUGAGGCAAAGGCUCACCCCGUCAUAGGCUCAGUGCUGCUGUCCCCCGAAGCCUCACCCUCCAGGACGGAGCCCAUCCCCCAGGAGGCAGGUCUUGUGAAGAGCAGAAGCUCUGCCUACCGCCCGUCUGGGCACCCUGACCGACCUGCUGUCCACGAAAGGGGCCGGUCACAGCGGCGGUACAGAGCCCGGUCUCCCAGCCCCUCCUCCAAUAGUAGCUCUGAGUCGAGCUCCUGCUCGUCGUCAGAGUCCCGAUCCCAGUCUCGGUCUCAGUCUAGAUCAACCUCUCCGCCCAGAAAGAGGUUCUGCUCCCGCUCUCGCCGUUCUGGCAGCAGUUCUAGCUCCUCGUCCCGAUCCAGUUCCCGCUCACAGUCCCGCUCUCCGCCUCGACGGCGCUGUGGCUCCUACUCCAGCUCCCGCUCGCGGUCCUGCAGCCGUUCCCGGUCGCGCUCGCCGUGCUGGAGGAGGGCCAGCCACAGCCCUAAUUAUAGACACAACUACCGUUACAACUCCCGAGAGGCACAUCAGCCGCAGGACGUGAAUGACCGCAAGCAGAAAGCCAUCGAGGAGCGGCGCGUGGUGUAUGUAGGGAAGAUCCGCGGUAGUAUGACCCGCAAGGAGCUGAAGGAGCGCUUUUCCCUCUAUGGGGAGAUCGAGGACUGCACCCUGCACUUUCGGGAGCAUGGGGACAACUAUGGCUUUGUCACCUACUACAAUACAAAGGACGCGUUCAGCGCCAUUGAGAACGGAGGCAAGCUGCGGCAGUGCAACGAGCUGCCCUUUGACCUCUGCUUCGGGGGUCGUCGGCAGUUCUGCAAGUCCAACUACGCGGACCUGGACUCCAGCCGGGAAUACGAACCAGAACCGACGAAGAGCAAACUCGACGCACUAGACUUCGACACUUUACUCAGGCAGGCCAAGAAAGGUCUGAGAAGGUAACGGCAAGAGGGGGACGGAGGACGGAGGAGAGAAGACGGCACGUUACCUCAGAGCCGUGCUGGAGCGCACGCCUUCGGACACUGCCUUCCCACUCAUCGCGUGUGGCUUCUGUGUCUGUUUUCACUCCCCCCACCCCUGUGUCUACAAGCUUACACCUUCUAUUGAAGUGAAGAUUUCUAAGAAAAAUUAAAAGCAUAAAAACAGUAUAAAGGGAAAAAGUGCAAAAAAGAGGCAAAUGUUCUUAAGAGAAUAUUUAAAUUUUUUUUAAUGCAUUCUAAAAUUGCAUGGGCUCACCAUGUAUAAAAAUAGGAUGAUGGAGAGUAAGAAAACAAAUGGAAUGUAUUCUUUCCUAAAUGCUUGGAAGAAUGUGGAAUGGAAAUGUAAUGCAAAACAUUAAAAAACAAUUUUAAAAUGGA